UUUGUGUUCAGUUGUGUUGUCAUUGACUAAUAUUUACGUUUGCUUGACGAUAUUAUAACUUAGAGUAGUCAGCAUACAGCUUGUCGAAGCAGAUGUUGUCUAAAUAGCUGGUAUGAAACAUAUAACAUGCUGAAUUUUUUACAUUUCCUAGACAAAGUAAUAAGAAAAAGUAACUAUAACUAAGUAACUAAAAAGUAACUCUCUCACCAUGGGAAGAUCCUGGAGACGGUGGAACUCCGGGUUGUUGGUCCGUUGGCGGAAGCGCAUAAAGAGGAUGAUGAAGACGACCGCAGUGGUGACAAUGAAGACGCAGAGCAGACCAGCAAGGAGGGGGUUUAGAGGACUGUGGAGCCUUUUGUGUUCUGGAAAACAUUUUGAUCAAUGAUCUGUAACAAUGAUAACAAGAUACCCUCAUCUUACCUUCAUCGCCUACAUUAAGUUCAGAGGGGACUUCCAGGUGAUGCGGCCCAGCAGGGUCUUGGCCUAUGUGAGAGGUCAGAGGGCGUCCUGCUGUGGUGGUUACUCUCCAUGAUGUCACUGGUUGAGGCUGAGUGGAGGUGUUUGCGUCCUGGGAUGAAAAGGUGCUCAAGGGAUGUUCGGUCAUGCCCUCUAGUGUUGUAGCGGGGGAACUGCCGUGUGGAGCAGCUGAAAAUGGGUGAGUAGUAAAAUAGAUGUUACUAUGAUUGGCCUUCUGCUCCACUCCAUGUUUUUGUUGUACCUGAGAUCGCCUUAGGACGCCCGUGUGCGAACCCCCCAACUGCCAAUAGUAGUAGUGGUACUGAGCUAGUGCUUCCCCCAUUAGUUCUUAGUUUAUUUGUCCCUAGUAUACAGUGGAACUCAAACUUUGAAAUGGCCUCGCUCAUGUUGCCAACCUGUCUAUGGCGUACAACUCAAGUCCUGGUCAAGUCCAUUAUUACUAAAAAGGACCCACUUAAGUGUUCUAUCAGUCUGGAAAAAAGUUACAAAGCCAUUUCUAAAAUUUUGGGACUGCAGCAAACCACAGUGAGAGCCAUUAUUCACAAAUGGCGAAAAUACAGAAGAGUGGUGACGACUGAUCCAAGCGGUCACAAAAGACCCCACAACAACAUCCAAUGAACAUCCACUUGCCUCAGUUAAGGUUAGUGUUCAUGACUCCACCUUAAGAAAGACACUAGGCAAAGACGACCCAGAUGACCAAGUUCCAAGACCAAAACCACUGCUGAAAAAACCCCACUAAGGCUCAUCUCAAUUUUGUCAGAAAACAUCUUGAUGAUCCCCAAGACCUUUGGUCAAAAUACUAAAAAGAACAUCAUACCAACAGUAAAAUAUGGUGGUGGUAGUAUGAUGGUCUGGGGCUGUUUUGCUGCUUCGGGACCUGGAAAUGGAACCAUGAAUUCUGCUGUCUACCAAAAAAUCCAUAAGGAGAAUAUCCGACCAUCUGUUGGUGACCUCAAUCUGAAACCAACUUGGGUUCUUCAGCAGGACAAUGAUCCAAAACACACCAGCAAGUCCACCUCUGAAUGGCUGAAGAAAAACCAAAUGAAGACUUUGGAGUGGCCUGACCUGAGUCCUAUUGAGGUAUUUACUGCGUAUUGCGUAAUCCUGCUAACUGUCCUAUAAUUCAUUGCUUUAUUAUGUCAAAACGGUUGCGGCCUAACAGACUUUUUCACAGUUUCGUACUCCAGAAAAUUGUCUAUACGGUUUCAUAUUUACCUGCGUGGGUUCCAGGCUGUGAUGUUGUGAAAGGUUGAGAUGUCGCUUCCAUCGUCUGAUGAGUAAGCGUCGGUGCGGUUGCAGUAUCAUCUACCGGAUUAUAUAUUUGAUGUUGGCCGCCAUCCACACGACCUUUCGUCAGGUCAGGAACCCCCGAGGCGCCAGCGGGAUGCAGUGAGGCCUGCAGGGUGGCGACUGGAGUCAAAACCACACUUUGACCUGGGGAAUACAUAAAAAAUACAUUUAUAGUAAAGCAAAGCUACAGAGUAACAUGUACUUAUUUAUUUUGAUUAUGAUACACUAUUUUUAAAUGAGAAGCACAUUUUGUAUUAUGUUAAUCAAAACUGUUAUCAUUUUUUUAAAGCUGAAUUUUUUAAAUAUAUAACUUUUGGAUAUCAUUGGGGCAGCAUGGCGGUCGAGUGGUUAGCACGCAGACCUCACAGCUAGGAGACCAGGGUUCAAUUCCACCCUCGGCCAUCUCUGUGUGGAGUUUGCAUGUUCUCGACUCCAAAUUGUCCAUAGGUAUGAAUGUGAGUGUGAAUGGUUGUUUGUCUAUAUGUGCCCUGUGAUUGGCUGGCGACCAGUCCAGGGUGUACCCCGCCUCUCACCCGAAGACAGCUGGGAUAGGCUCCAGCACCCUCCACGACCCUCGUGAGGAAAAAGCAGUAGAAAAUGAAUGAAUGAAUGAAUGGAUAUCAUUAGUGUACCUUGGAAAAUGUUCCAUUCUCAAAAUAAAGCAAGCACAAAUGAUCAGAAACACAUAUCUACGAUACCUUAUGUCAACUUUAUAUGAGGUCAGCAGAUUUUUCUGAGGACAUCAUAUCAUGCAAACACACACACACACACACACACACACACACACACACCUACCUCUUGCCUGAUAUGAACCAGCAAGAAACACCAAGAAGCAAAACUCCAAAUUCAUAACAGAUUCCAUCUCAUUCCCUCUUCAGAUGACUCCAACAAAGUAGACCAGGUUGUGUUCGGUUGGUGGGAGCUUGUUUCCGUUACGUGAUACAGGAGGACACAUCACCAUCAGGGGCUAAAAAUAUCCUGAGGGAGUCGGGCAGAAGAAGCGCAGGGGUGGGGCCGAACGGAAUCACAUACCCGCUAUCUCCAACACACACACAAAAAAGAAAAAACACAAUUUGGCAAACCUCACUGCAGAUGCAUGCUUUCCUACUUCCUACCGCCUUGUAUCACCACUGCAUCACUUUGCAAGGCUUCAGUCACAUUACACUGGCUGUUGCUCCCUACGUGGGGCUGACAGGCAGCCAAUCAGACGUCUGUGCGUCAGAGGCGUGCCUGCAGGGCUCAACGCACAUGAUUUUCUUUUCUCGGUUUGUUUUGGUUAACCCUGAAGGAGAGUGGGCGGGUACACUGUACGCUCCAUCGUCAUGAAAUAGUGGUGCUUCCAAGUCCAUCACUAAGAGCAUUGAUUCCUAAUGGAUAUCCAAAGGCAUCAGGGGGAGACCUUCACGGUGCACCCGGUGGUGGGUGCCGCCAAGGCAGGAGACAUGCAGGAGUUAACAGUGGACAACGUGGAGGCAGCUCUCUAUCAGCUUUAUUUCGACCCAGACAUGGAGCGUAAGAAUGCGGCCCAGAAGUGGCUGACCCAGGCUCAGGCGUCUGCGCAGGCGUGGCAGUUCUGCUGGGCCCUGCUAGGCGCUGACAAGCUCCCUGAGGUCCAGUUCUUUGGUGCCAGCACCCUCCACACCAAGAUCUCCUCUCACUGGAGCGACCUGCCUGCAGACCAACAUGAACACCUCCGAGUGCAGCUCCUUUCCCACAUCUUGCACUUCUCCUCCGGACCCAGAAUGGUCCUGACGAGGCUGUGUGUGGCCCUGUCCUCUAUGGCCCUUAACUUAAUUCCCCACGUCUGGUCUCAGCCGGUUGCAGACAUGGUGCAAGCCUUUCAGCCGCAGAGCCCUGAAGGUGCGGCGCCGACGCAGGACCCUCAUGUGCACUGUCUGGCUCUGCUGGAGCUCCUGGUUGUACUUCCAGAGGAGUUCCAGAGCAGCCGGCUGACUCAGGCUCGACGUGCCCAGCUGAGGGAAGCCUUGGCUGGGGAGUGGAACUCCGUGUGUCCCUUGUUGCGUCAGCUCCUCCAAAGUCAGGAUUCGUCAAACCAAGUGAAGGAGAAGGUGCUACGCUGCCUGUCCAGCUGGGUGGGACUGGAUGUCCCGUUGGGGGAGAGUCAAGAAUUGGUCCAGGACUGCUUCACGGCUUUGUCCAACCCUGAACUGUUUGAUACCGCUGUAGAGACAAUUGUUAAUGCCGUCUCGCAACCUGACUGUCAAAGGUACAGCAACGCUCUGGUGAGCCUGUUGCCUCUGGUGUUGGGUCUCCAUGAUCAGCUGAAGACAGCUGCUCAGGAGGGCGACAUGGAGACCUCACACGGAAUCUGUCGCAUUGCCGUUGCCAUGGGCGAAACACACUCCAGGGUUUUGUUGGAGCAAGUGGAUCACUGGCAGGAGUAUUUUGCUCUGGUAAACAUGAUUCUGUUCUGUACUGGGAUUCCUGGGCAGUACCCAGUCAGCGAGACCACCAGCUCCCUCACGCUCACCUUCUGGUACACCCUUCAGGAUGACAUCUUGUCCUUCGAGGAGGAGAAGCAGGCCGUUUACCUGCACGUCUACCGGCCUGUUUACUUCCAGCUGGUGGAUGUGUUGCUACAUAAAUCACACUAUCCUUCCCAGGAAGAAUAUGCAUCCUGGACUUCUGAUGACAAGGAGCAGUUCAGAGUCUACAGGGUGGACAUCUCUGACACGUUGAUGUACGUCUAUGAAAUGCUGGGAGCCGAGCUGCUCAGUAACCUUUAUGACCGCCUGGGAAAACAGCUGAUGGACCCCCAGCAGUCAACGGGGUGGCAGGACACAGAGGCGUUGUUAUUUGGCUUCCAGUCCAUCGCAGAGACCAUCGAUGUGAACUACUCUGAUGUCAUUCCUGGUCUGAUUGGCCUGAUCCCCAGAGUCAACAUCAGUAACGUCAUGCUGGCUGACACAGUCAUGUACACCAUAGGCUCCCUGGCUGAGUGGCUGGUGGACCACCCGGUGAUGCUUGGCGGUAUGCUACCCAUGGUGCUCCAGGGUCUGGAGAGGCCUGAGCUCUCCGUGUCCAGCGUUUCCACUCUGAAGAGGAUCUGCAGGGAGUGUCAUCACGACCUCGGCCCUUACGCUCAAGACAUCCUCACCGCGUCCCAGGAUGUGCUAGUGAAAGAGAUCCAUAAGAGCAGCCAGUGCAUGUGGCUCAUGCAGGGUCUGGGCUUCCUGCUGUCAGCUCUGCCGGUGGAGGAGAUUUUGGGGAAACUACACUCACUCAUCAGCCCUCACAUCCAGCAGCUGGACACACUGGCCCAACAAGAGCCCGAUCCCGCCAAUAAACAAUCUAUCAUUCACAUCCUGGGAAUGUUGUCCAGCCUGUUCACCACUCUGGACAUCAACAGAAACACAGACGGUUUCGACGGCACGGUUCCCCCAUCACUGCCUCAUCCCCACAGUACUCACAACCCAGUUGUGGUGGUUCUGCAGCAGCUUUACACGUUGAUCCAGAACAUCCUCAGUAAAUGGCUCAAGGACGCCGAGGUGGUGGAGGCAGUGUGUGGAGUGUUCGGGAAAACGGUUCGAACCCUCCUCCAUGAUUUCGGACCCUUGGUAGCUCAACUGAGCGAGACGUUAGGGCAGAUCUACAGCGCCUACCCACAAGCUUCAGCGUUGGAUCUGGCGUCUCAGAUGGUUCACAUAUUUUCUGGAGAGGAACACCACACAUGCUCCAUUCAAAGACUUCUGGAAGUUCUGACAGCUUCUACUCUGAGCAGAUUUCAGCAAGGUGUAAAUGAUCAUCCCGAUGUUGCAGAGUCCUUCAUGUAUCUUCACGCUCAGGUUCUUAAAAGAAAACCAGAUUUGUAUCUGUCUGAGCAUCUGGAUGUGAAAGCUCUCUUCUACUGUGGGAUUCUGUCACUUAAAUUCCCAGAAACAUGCACCGUAAAAGCGGCCAGCCUCUUCUUUACAGAGCUGUUGCCUCGCUGUAAAGACAUGGCAUCUCUCGUUGAGGUCCUGCAGGGGCACGGGAAGCUCCUUACAGAGACCGUUCUACAGGCAGUCGGUGGCGGAUCUCCUCGCAGUCUGACAGAGUAUUUCUCUGAGGUGCUGCUGAGUCUGAGUCGACACUGUCCUGCUCUGCUUUCCCGAUGGCUCAAAGAAUGUCUCCAGUUACCAGGAUUCCCUUCAGCGCACGUCAGUCCAGAGCAAAAACACACCUUCGCGCAGCAGCUUCUCAGGGAGCAAAGCAACAAGAGGCGCGUUAAGGAAAUUGUGAAGGACUUUUCUCUGCUUUGCAGAGGCCUGCAGGGGUCUGGACACUCUGAUUACUAGACUGCAUUUUUUCUCCAAGCACAAAAAACAUAGGGAAUUUUUUUUACCAAUAUCAGGAAGUGUGGACUUACUGUAUAUGUAUUGGAAUUAAAUAUUGUCUGCAAAAUUUCCUCACAUGAGGGGUCAAAAAAUAA